UUUGACGUGCGGCUGGGUUCUUACAGAUCCAGGAGAGCAAUCCUCUAUUUUUCUCUCUCGCCGGCUCCGGCGCUGCGCGCUUUAACCACGCAUGUGUUCAUCAGUGCUGCGGCAGCGUGCAUCAGCUCCUCUUUGACCUCACACUUAAUCUGCAUUCAGGCACAAGCUCAAAUAUUUCCUGCCGCUGGAUUUUAGAGUGCUGUUGCAUUUAUGUAAUUUCGGGAUUUUCCCCUUAAUAGCCGCGCACCUCGCUUGUGAAUUUUCUUGUUGCCUCCGUAGCAUCGCACCACAGCACGUCUUAUUCCGACCCCAAAUGCUAAUACAGCCCGCUAUGUGCGUAAUGUAUCACACCGAAGGAACACACUAAAAUAAAGGGACACGUCCAUCCGCUAUAAAGAGAGGAAAAGGGAAGAUGGUGAUCAUGGCUCCUCCAAAUCUCUUAUUCUGCUCAAACGCGAUGGCGAAGCCUGCUUCCUUUAUAAAGAUCAUUCUCUGGGUAUUUAUAAUCGCCCAUCUUCCUACAAGCUCUCUCCAGACUGACAAUGACGACGACGAGGUGACCAACAAAACGUGGGUACUGACUCCGAAGGUCUACGAGAGUGACGUCACGCACAUCUUGAACAGCUUGCUAGAUGGCUACGAUAAUAAGCUGCGACCGGACAUAGGGGUGAAACCAACUGUAAUCCACACCGAUAUGUUCGUGAACAGUAUCGGCCCAGUGAACGCUAUUAACAUGGAGUACACCAUCGAUAUAUUCUUUGCCCAAACGUGGUACGACAGGCGUCUGAAAUUCAACAGCACGAUGAAAGUGUUGCGACUCAACAGCAACAUGGUAGGAAAGAUCUGGAUCCCCGACACCUUCUUCCGCAACUCCAAGAAGGCCGACGCACAUUGGAUCACUACACCCAACCGCAUGCUGAGAAUCUGGAACGAUGGCAGGAUCCUCUACACCUUGAGGUUGACCAUCGAUGCCGAGUGCCAGCUUAAACUGAACAACUUUCCGAUGGAUGAACAUUCCUGCCCCCUGGAGUUUUCAAGCUAUGGCUACCCCAAGGAGGAGAUAGUCUACAGGUGGAAGAGGAGCUCCGUGGAGGUCGGCGACAUCCGAUCCUGGAGGCUGUAUCAGUUCUCUUUCGUUGGGCUGAGGAACACGUCGGAGAUCGUGAGGACGGUGUCAGGUGACUACGUGGUCCUGACUGUCUUCUUCGAGCUGAGCAGACGGAUGGGCUACUUCACCAUUCAGACCUACAUCCCCUGCACCCUCAUCGUCGUCCUGUCCUGGGUGUCCUUCUGGAUUAACAAGGACGCCGUGCCUGCAAGGACCUCCUUAGGUAUCACCACGGUGCUUACCAUGACGACUCUGAGCACCAUCGCCAGGAAGUCUCUACCCAAGGUGUCCUACGUGACGGCCAUGGACCUCUUCGUGUCCGUCUGCUUCAUCUUCGUGUUCGCGGCCCUCAUCGAAUACGGCACGCUCCACUACUUUGUGAGCAACCGGAAGCCGAGCCAAAAAAAGGACAAGAAGAAGAAGAACCCGCUUCUCCGGCUGUUUUCCUCAAAGACCCCCACAGUAGACAUCCGCCCUCGGUCUGCCACGGCCAUCCAGAUGAACAACGCAGCUCACGUGCAGGAGCGCGACGAGGAGUACGGCUACGAGUGCCUCGACGGCAAGGACUGCACCAGCUUCUUCUGCUGCUUCGAGGACUGCCGCUCGGGUGCCUGGAGGCACGGCCGGUUGCACAUCCGCAUCGCCAAAAUAGACUCAUACGCUCGCAUCUUUUUCCCGACCGCCUUUGGCCUCUUCAACCUCGUCUACUGGGUGUCCUAUCUCUAUCUCUAAAUCUCGCGCACGUAGCUGGCCUUAACAUAUGCCGAAAAAGACCGUACGUUUCCGCGCUCCUUAAAAAUCCAACGCUUCGCAGUCCGUUUCCAUUUUGGUUCACGUGUUUGUUAUCGACACUUGUUUGCCGUUGUUUUAAAAAAUGAAGCAUCUGGUUCGAGAGAAAGUUGUAGCAAAACUUGAUGGAAGAGCGAGGGAUGAUAUCACUCGAUGCCUUGAAAUGCAGAGAGGUUUUUUCUCCCUUCCCGAACAAACGUUAUAUAAUUUCUCCACAGUUUCAUUGUUGCCAUGGCUCUGUUUAGUCGGAUGAGUUAGCAAGGUGGCAGUGUAAAUGGGGGGCGUCACCCCGUGUGACCGUCAUUCUGCAGGAUAGUUGCUGUCUGAAGAAUCUUUGCUGUUCGGAGGCGUUUUGGCUAUUUAUUUAUGCAUAUUUUUUUUUAUUUUAUCCCGCCAAUCGCACUCAGAUUUAGAUUUUAAAUUCCGAAUCGAAAAAUUCCACCAUAAAUUGACAAUUUUUUUUUUAUUAUUCUGAAUAUCUGCUUUUUACCUUUCAUCACAUAUGUUAAUUUAUCCAUCCAUCCAUCUUUAUGCUGCCUCUCUCAAUGAGGGUUAUGGUCACAUGUUUUGUCAAAAUGUCAUGAAUCCAGAAUGCAAAUUAGGCACGACUUAAGCAGCAUAGAUUAAUAAACAGUGAUUAUGAACCAAUGGUUAGAUUUCUCAGUCAAAGGUGUGUAAGAAAGAGGAAUCCUUUUUUAACGAAUCAUCAGGUCUACAGUCAACUGUAUACAAACUGUAUAUAUUUUAAUAUUGACUAUGUUGUAGUGGUUUGUUUAACGCAUGCAUCUAUGAGGCCAAAAACAAACUAACUUAUCAAGGUCUUCUACCGACGUCUGUGGAAACAAGAGGAAACGUUGCACAAGAAACAUAAGUAGAACAUUUUACUGAAAAGCAUCAGAGAAGAAACAUUAAGUUUCCCAUAAACUUGAAACCAAUUGCCUUUGAUGCGUUAAUAGUAUUCUUUCUUUUUCAUUAUUCCGGAAUGCGAGAAAACUGACUUCAGUCCUUUAUAAAGGAUGGUUGGUAUUGAAAAUGAAACUGUAAAUGAUCCUACAGGUAGGGAAAUUGUAGUAUUUAAUAAUGUCUUUGAUAAAUACUAUAUUUUAUAUCAAUAUUUUAGCCAAUUUUGUCAUCACACAAUUUUUUUUAUGUCAUUUUCCAUUAUUACCAAGCAGCUCUGAAAAAACGGACAGUUACGCAACAUAAAUGUUUUCCUGGGAGUUUAAUUAUAAGUGCACCAUUUAAAUUAAAAAAACAUGGUUGAAAAUCAAUGCGACGCAUAAUGACGGGGACGUCCAAUAAGAGAGGAGUGCCAGCAUGACCAAAGAUGCUGUUAAGAAAGGAAAGAUACAGAACUGCUAUUGGUUGGUGGCAAUACAUACAGAACUACUAUUGGAUGGUAACAAAACAUACCAAACUGCUAUUGGUUGGUGACAGUGGUUAGGAUGGUGGACCGGACCAUGUGGUAUAAAAACAGGAAACGUGGGAUGAAUCUGAAUAUGCUUAUUUGAGCAUACUUGUGUUCUCAUGUACCCCUUAUUACGUCAUUUUCCAUUGCCUGAAGACCAGGUCCUAUACUAAGAGCAGAAGCAUAGAGGAUGGUAAAAUUCCCCGGAUGUUAUCCUUGCCUUGCCCCAAAUAUCAAGGAUACAUGUGUGGCAUUCCUCACCAAAUGAGACCAAUCCCAUGAUUCAUUGAUCCCCAAGUUUGUUCUUGGAAAGCGAGUUAGCAAGUCCAGUCUUGCCAAGAUCACAAGUACGGUCUUGGUAUUGAGAUUCACCCUUGGCGUUUACUUGGGGGAAAACAGGAAGUGGCCCUUUUUGCAGAGGAAUGAAACGGAGUCGGAAAAGGCAUGAAGGUUUGUCUGGGGACAUGGAACAAGUCUGCAAUCAGGAGGAUUGUCGCUUCUUUCAGGUUUCAUGGGGCGGCUGGGCUAUCUAUUUGUACGUGUUGCAAGGAACAAUGGACAGGUGGAAUUAUUUAGCACAAACCUGGUUAGCAGGUCUGCCUUCCUAAAACACCCAACGCACUUCGGACAGACAGCUAAUGCAUUUUUUUUUUGUUCAGUUUUGUUCAACCGGGUGUGUUUCCAUUGUUUGUUUACAUAUAUAUGCCCCCAAUUAAAAGACAAACCGUAUAAGCUAUAUAGGCAAUUAACCUGUAUUCCCACUGAGGAAAACUCAAAACAAAAACAAACAAACAAAAAAAAGAUUGGCUAGGCUGGAGGGAAAAAUGGACAGUCUGUGACAAUUUAUUUUUUGUUUGUUUUGCUUUUUUAAUUUUUUUAUUGCUUUCAUCAGUAUAGCUUUAAAUAUGUUGUUAUAUCGCUUCAUUGUGUAGUACGUGCAGCAUGGGAAUGACCAAACAAAAUCGAUCAGACUAUCUUACUCUUACCAGUUUGGCAUGGUACACUCUUUGAAGCAACCAGGUUUCUGCUGUAAAUCCGUGUGUAUUUUUACGUGUCAUGUUCAUGUAAUUCUUGAGAAUGUUAUUCUGCAUAAAGAAUUCAAUCAAGAAUCGAACAGGCCAAUCGCAACAUGCAGUACGAGUAUGUUUCAUUACAUUUUAUAUACCCAGUUACUAAAUUUGAAACAAAAACUGUCCUAGUCAGUUAAUCAUAUCGACGAGGUUUUGACUUACAGUGUGAGUGAAGUGAUCCUGUUACGUUGUACUUUUCGGCACCGUUCGUCAGUGUUACAGUGUUUCUUUGUUUCGACAACUACUGUGUGCUUCUUCAAGCACGGAGCCCUUUUCUCACACCAUGUCACUUUGUUUUUUAUGACAAUAUCGAGAAUGAGAGGUAAUAGCAGCUUUAGGAACCAAUGGGAGAUGUAUUCGAGUGGAGUUUGUAUAUAAUUCCGAUGUCAUACUCUCCCAUCGCUUGCAAUAGACCAAGUUUUUCCCUUCUGGUCUCCCCGUCACCUCACUUCUUACCACGUUAAUCCACGGCUGUAUUAGGCGUCACGUUGAAAUCGCCAAGCUUUGUCUUUGUACAAGUUGUUUUGUCUGAAGUGAAUAUGUGUUUUCAUAUCACAAAGAAGGAACACAUGAUAAAUUUCAGUCAUCGUUGUUUUUAACGCUAAAUGUAGGGGAAUGUAAAUGUAUAACAGAUAUUAAAGUGCCAAAUUCAAAUGCAAAUUGAUAGUAAUAUUCGCUUAUGCAAUUAAAACACUAUGAUGAUCUAAAUUACAUCUUGUUUAAAUGCAUUUAUUGGUCAAAAUAAGCUAAGCUAGCAUUUUUUGACUGACAAAUGUAAUAACCGACAAAAUGCAAGACAUUGUGUUAAAACUCGUGAAUAAUAAUUAACCAUUAAUGUUUUAAGUGGAUUUCUUCCAGAAUGUUAAGCUAGUUUGUACCAAUUUCGAUAAAUUCCCUUUUGAAUAAUGCUUGAAUAUUACGAUACCUUCAAUAAAUGGCAAAAAUGAAAAAUAUUUUGGCAUUUAAAAUUGCGGAAAUUUAACAUAUCAGACUUCCUACAUAUAAAUCCAGUCCUUUGGCUUAUGUCAUAAAAAUCAACACAGAUAAGGGAAAGGCAUAAAAUACUACUACAGGGACAAUGUGAAUUAUUUAUAUGCUACAUUUAGCUGUCAGACAUGUAGACAGAUCAUCUACACCAGUACAUCAGAUGCUCAAGGAUCAUGAAAUGACCAGGGCACAAAAAGGAGUAUAUUUGAAAUGGACCCUACAUGUGGAUCGCAUGUAAAUAAUAGUUAUAUUUUCUGACAUCAGACAGUAAUACAGUGUGUCACACUUGGGCUCAGUAAAUGAUCGCCAACAACUGGAGGAUGACUGAUCUGGAUAAUUAUUCACCUGCUGUGUCUCCAAGCUUGGGUGUGGUACAGAGAUCCCCAUAGAUACUAGUUCAGGUGUUCACUGUAUGUACGACAGAUAACCCUUUUCAUAAAGGAACUGCAUACAGUUGUGGAAUUUUACAAUAAAAAAUUUCUGCAUUCAA